AUGUGCCAAAAGCCUGCCUCCUACCUCGUCAGCCACGAGGCCAUGAUGCACUGGCUCGCCACGACCGACGCCGAGCUCACCUUCAUCGGCGAACCGCCCAACCCCCUCACGCCGCGCGCCGCGCAGAACACCAUGGUCACGUACUGCUCUUCCCGCACCCAGAACGUCUGCGGCGGACAUUGCACGGUGUACAACGGCGGCGCGGCAUGCCUGAACGCGCCGAAGACGAAGUGCCUUAGCGCGACGAAAAAUGUUGGCUUCUGCGACCGCGGCGGGUGCGGCGGCAGUUGCAACCAGCUCUCCACCUGCGGCACCCGCCUGGACAACGGCUUCUGCUUCACGCCGGGCACAGCCUCGAUUAUUGUCUCGCCUGCUUGA